CCGAAACCCCACAUAAAUCUCGCAGUGAUGGCUGCGCCGCCCGAUACGGAGAGUUUGGAGUCUCGUAUCAACAGAGCUACAAACCCACUUAACAGAGACACAGACUGGAGCAGCAUCCAUGCCUUCUGCGACCAGCUCAACAAUGAUUUGGAGGGACCCCAGCUGGCCACCAGACUCCUGGCCCACAAGAUCCAGUCUCCACAGGAGUGGGAGGCCAUGCAGGCCCUGCUGGUUCUGGAGACGUGUAUGAAAAGCUGUGGGAAAAGGUUUCACAGUGAAGUGGGCAAGUUCCGUUUUCUCAAUGAACUCAUCAAAGUAGUUUCUCCAAAGUACCUGGGCUCACGGUCACCAGAGCCCGUAAAAAAGAAGGUUCUAGAGUUGAUCUAUAGCUGGACUUUGGGAUUACCGGACGAGGCCAAGAUCUCCGAUGCCUAUCAGAUGCUGAAGAAACAAGGUAUUAUUAAACAAGAUCCAGAGCUGCCACCUGACAAACUACUGAACCUUCCCCCACCCAGACCCAAGAAUGCCAUUUUUGAGGACGAAGAAAAGUCAAAAAUGCUGUCCCGCCUGUUGAAUAGCUCGCACCCCGAGGACCUGAAAGCCGCCAACAAACUCAUCAAGGAAAUGGUCCAAGAGGAUCAGAAGCGAGCAGAGAAAGUGUCGAAGCGGGUGAACGCCAUUCAGGAGGUGAAGGAGAGCGUCACUCUGCUGACUCAGCUUCUGCAGGACUAUGACAGCAACGCAGACAAUCAGAGCAACGCUGAACUCAUACAGGACCUGUACCAGCGCUGUGAGAAAAUGAGACCUACACUGUUCAGACUGGCAAGUGAUACGGAGGACAACGAUGAAGCUCUAGCUGAGAUCCUGCAGGCCAACGACAGCCUGACUCAAGUCAUCAACCAGUACAAACAGCAGGUGAAGGGGGAGAUCGUAAACGGCAACAACACAUUAAACGCUCAGAAACAAACAGGAGGGACAGCACUGCUAGAUCUGUCAGGACUGGACACAUCGCCACAGUCGCCUCCGUCCUUCCCAGAGUUCCCCACUCCGACAGACAGCCUCAACGCCCCCUCGCAAGAGAUGGGGAUCAGUCUGCUCGACGAUGAGCUCAUGUCACUCGGUUUAAGUGAAGGUACGCACACCUCCAACCCUCCGUCACAGCCUGAGGACUCCACAGCCUGGGACUCCUUCCAGUCCUCUGACAGCAUAGAUGCAGACCUCCCAGCAGCACCCAGUCUCCUCCUGAGUCCAGACCCAGCCUCCCACUCUCAGCCCCUCUCGUCUGGCUCCACCCCCGGGAACUCGGCCCUGGACGAGCUGGACCUGCUGGGGAAGACACUGAUGCAGCAGUCCCUGCCUCCAGAGGGCCUGCAGGUCAAAUGGGACAAGCAGCAGUGCAAACCGACUCUGAGAGAUCUCCAGAGCAAGUCUGGGUCCGGCAUUACCCCGAACCCCAUCCCAACCUUCACUGCUGAACAACCCGCACCUCUCCUCAACUCUCAGCCCAGCCUUGCAGCAACGUUGUUGGACAUGUCUCCCACUCACGCUGAGACUCCUCCUCCUCCAGAAGUCACCCUGACUGAUGUUUUUGUACCGCUAGAAUCCAUUAAGCCCAGUAGUCUGUUACCCGUGACUGUGUUUGACGGACACAGUCUGAGGGUUCUCUUUCACUUUGCUCGCGACUCGCCUCCGUCUCGUCCUGAUGUGCUGGUGGUGAUCAUCUCUAUGUUGUCAUCUGCUCCUGUGCCCGUCAGUGACAUAAACUUCCAGACCACGGCUCCAAAGUCGAUGGCAGUGAAGCUGCAGCCCCCAUCAGGGACAGAGCUCCCGGCUUUUAACCCCAUCCUUCCACCUGCUGCUGUCACACAGAUCCUGCUGCUGGCAAACCCAAACAAGGAGAAAGUGCAGCUGCAGUACAGAUUAACCUUCACCAUGGGAGAGCAGCAGCACAGCGAGAGCGGCAGUCUAGAACAAUUUCCUCCCCCAGAGACGUGGGGGAACCUAUAGCAUUUAAACCAACCACAACCUGACAGACUCUGCUUUCAGACUUCCUAAACCAACUUUCCAACUCAACACUGCAUACGCCCGAUUUCCUUUGUAAACACAUAGUACUUUCUUUGAUUGGUAUCGAUUCUUUUCCUUGGAUUACGCUCAUGCUCAGUGUCACGUGCGUAUGCUUUGCUCUAAAUGUGCGUCUAGGUCUAGUCUGCUGUGUGUGGCGGCUUCAAAACAAACCUGCAAAAGCUGUUGCAGACUUGUAUCGUUUAACAGACAGUGCUCCAAAGGAAGAAAACUACAUCAAAUGUGCGCAUAGUCGCUCAUUUGGUUUCCUUGAUGUUUUUCCAAUUUGGGGAACAAAGUCAGUUUUAAUCAAUUUUCAGUUGCGUUUACCCUCACUUCUGCAUGCACUUCCAACAUGGGUCACAAUGUUUGCAAAAUCCAGCACACAAAGAGAGAAAGGAUGUAAGAAUUACAUAGACACAGCUCAUUUUAGUUAGCAAGACAAAGCUAUACUUAAUCAACGUUUUGUGGUGUGUUUUGUGAUGAAUGAUGACAGAGUCCACUUUUUGAUUUGCACAGAGAAUGAUUUUUUGAUUGUACUGUUUUUCUGUCUUUUCCUCAUCUUGUGUUAAAAAAAUUACUGUAACAUCAGAGUUGUGUAUCAUCUGCCAUAUGUGCCUAUUUUGCAGUUCUGACAUUUAACUACUUGUGAGUUUGUUUUUCUCAUCUGUUACAGAUAUAUUAUGUUUGUCUGGGAUACAGAUCAGCUACGGACUAACCUUAAAUUAAUAUAUUCAAAGCAUUUUCAAUAGGGUAUGAGUUGAAUUUUGACUAAUCUUUUCUUUAGCUUGUGAUUUAAGUUAAUAUUUCAGCAUUUAUUGGGUGAAUAUGGAAAACUUGAGCACAUGCAAUCUGAGAUUAACCUGAGUGUUUCGAGCACACAGUUUCUCUCAAACAUGUUCAACUUGUUUCUACAGUCUGCGAUGCAUGUGAGCCACGCUGAUCACUUCCUCCCCCCCACAGGCUCUCGAUCACAUUCCGCUGCACUAAUCUCCAAUUCGACUGCUUUGUAAAUACCAAUGACGGCGGUCCUCUUGUGUACAUUUGAGUUGUGCAAUGUGCAAGAGCAUAACACUGGUAAAAUAUUCCAAAUGGGUAAUAAAGUUUUUUUUCUUGGUGACCUGAAGUGCAAUCAUUUUUGUUGCUCAACAAGUUUUACCUCUCACCACACAGAAACUACACACCUAAAGCUACCGUCAUCCUCCAGCAUCAAUGAUUCAAAGAGUACAUAAUGAUACAUUGAAGAGCUUUAUUAAACUGUAAAAAUGACCUAUUUGCUAGGAAAACUUCAAUCAUCACUGCUGCAAAGACUUGCUCAUACUGGUAGUUAACAAAAAAAAGGGUAAUCUGUGGUGGGUCGCAAGAGAUUUCAAACCACAUGAAUUUGGAAAUGUGAAGGAAAAGCUUAUUUAUAUGCAUGUGACUUUAACUGCUGCCAUGGCUACACAAAG